UCUUGUCUCACCGUCCUGGGUCUCUUAUCUCGCUGAUUGCCGCUAUGAGGGUCUUGCAUCUCACUCGUUCAGUCCCGAGUUUUAGCUGUGCCGUCAUAGGUCUUGCUCUUCCCCCAAUUUUUGAGGUCGCGCUCUUCUAACAGGUCUUCUUCUUCUUCUUCUUCGAGUAAGUGGUAACCGUCUGAUUGUUGGACUUAGGGAUUGUCUGAUUCCUGUCCCGAAAGGAGAAAAAAAAAAAGGGCUUUACUUACUAAGGGAAUUAUAUGUGAAAAUUCUUUUCUAAGCAGAGUGGACGAUUGGGUAAUUGUGAGUGAUUCUUGAAUAGGAGAUCUUGGCAGCCAUGAAUUCUUGGAGUGUUAUACCCAAGGAAUCUUCUGCCACAAUAUUUGUAAUAAUGUCCUCCCUUUCAAAUCUAUGGCGGGAGAAACAUCAUGGACCGUUCACUGCCUUGAUAAUGCAACCAGGGAGACCAGGGAGUUUGAUUCAAUUUUAGAACUCGGCGAGGAAAGUGAUAAAGAAGUCACCGCUGUUUCUACUGCAAUUUUGUGCAGGUUGCUGUUGAGAAGUCUAUUGUUGACAAUUCACUGCCUGGGUCAACAAAAGAAGUCAAGAUUUGGGAAGAAGAACAAUGUCAUCAAUUUUGAUGCGGUUGCAAGUGACGAGUCUGUGAUGGCUGAUUUUCCAACUGGGCAGACAAAGGAAGUCAAGAUUAGCAAAAGCAGCAAUGGCAUUAGGAAAGAGCCAUGCUAUACAGAUCCAGUGAAUGAAUAUCAUUCCAAGAUGGCUCGAUUGUGCUAUGCUGAGUCAGGAGAUAUAAGCACAUGUCUGUUUAAAGCAAAUAAAAGGCAAAUCCUAGAUGAAGACAUCUCCACCGUUGUGCUUGAGAAUUCUGCAAUGGAUGUUUUACAACCUGGUUGUAUAAAAGAAGCUGAGAUAGUUACAAAAGACCCCGUUGCAAUUGAGAAGUCUACAGUAGAUGAUUUACCCGCUGGGUGGACAAAAGAAGUCAAGAUUAGGAAGAAUGGCAGUGGCAUUAAGAAAGACCCGUACUAUACAGAUCCAGUUAAUGGUUAUGUAUUCCGUUCCAAGAAGGAUGCAUGGCGCUAUAUUGAGUCCGGAGAUAUAACUAAAUGUCUGUUUAAACCAACAAAAAGACAAAUCGAGGAUGAAGACAAGUCCACUCCAUCGUCUACAGCUAAAAGACAGAAAUCAAAGCAGCCUGCAACCAAACGGCGGCUUUUUGUAGGCAAAAAGGCAUUUGAAAAAAACAGCAUAAAAUUGUCUGACACCAACAGUUUAGAAAAGGGGCACAAUGUGAAGGUGUCCACUACUGAAACUGUUGUGAAGAUACAUUCACUGGAGAAUGCAGCUGCAAACGCUCCAGAAAUGAACAAAACAUCUGAUCCAGUUGAUGUGCAAGGAAAAAAUCAUGUCUCAGGUACAUUGAAGAAAACUAAUGAAAAGAAUCACAGAAGCCCGAGUAUAUCCAACAAGAAAGGGGUGAAUGUGCCUCACAGGUUUUCAAGACGACUUGCUGGAGUUGAACCUGAUCAGGUUUCCGAUCAUAAUAUCGUCGUCAACAAACAGGUUGUUCCAGUGCCAAAGAGAAGCUUGAGGAAAGAUAUAACCACUCUAGAUGAUGGUUCAGCAAUUGUAUCUUCUCAACAGCUCAAUGUUGUCCAAAAAAUUGAGCACAUGCAUGAUCUACCACGUGACUUACUAAACAAAAGCAACAGAAUUUCUCAAGCCCAAGCAGAUUCCAGGGAGCAAUCAAAUCACAAUUCUCUAUCCAAUGAUUAUAACUCACAAAGCUUGAAUGGUGCGACAAAAACUACAGGUGAGACUGGAAAAUUAGAUGCGAAAGAAAAAAAAUCCAGUAAACAGAAAGUUCACAUUCCUCACCGAGCUUCAAAAAGACUAGCUGGGUUUGAACCUGAGAUCACCAACCCCAUGAUAUGUGACAGGCCUCUUGAAUACAAGGGUAAAAUGUCCAAAGUUGAGGCCAAUGCAGAAUCACGUCAAAUUGAGGGUGCUUCAGCUAAGAAGACUGCAUAUGCUUCUAGCUCUCUUAAUGUGCCAAGAGUUGGAGAGUCAUCGGUGAGGAGCAAAAGUUCUAAAAUUCCACCCAAAACUUGUGAACAACAGGAGAAGCUUGGAGAGAAACUGUUGGAUGAUGAGAAGUCAGAACCCCAACUAUCUUUUGCAUUUCACUAUUCUUGGUCUGAUCCAUCUGUGGAAUUUGCAAUUAAGACCCUCACUGGUGCAUUACCAGUCGAGAAUUCAGUUGAUGAGGGGCCUGUUCUGGGUCCUGAAAUAGAUGAAGCUGAUAAAACUAGAUUGUCUAAGAAUGUUACAGAAGGUCAGGGGCCUGUUUUGGUACCUGAAGUUGAUGAGGUUGAUAAAAUUAAAUUGUUUAAUAAUGUUGCAGAAGGUCAGGGGCUUGUUUUGGUUACUGAAGCAGGUACAGAUGAUAAAACUAAUAUGUCCAAGAGUGAUACUGAAGUCUGCAGUGAUAAAAGUCGACAGCUCACUCCCAAGAAAUCCAAGAAUAAGAAAGAGCCUGGUUUUCCUCGUAGGUUAUCUAAGCGCCUUGCUGGCCAUGAACCUGAACUAGCACCUGCUGAUAGAGCUGUUGAAUAUGCCUCCAAAAAAUCAUGCAAAGACAUGCUAACUGCUGCAGCAACUUCAGGCAAUGGGGCAUUGAAACAUAUUGAUGAUGUUGGGGAAGAGACACAGCUUGAUCUUCAAGCUCCCACUGGUCCCAAAAGAGUACAUGGAGCGUCACCAGACAAGAGUGAUAAGUCAAAUGAAGUUCAAAUUGCUCCCAAUGAACAGUUACAGAAGGUUGAAGCUGAAAAAGUCAAUGAGAGGUCUGAGCCAGAGGCAUCCUUACCGUUUGGGGACUCUUGGUCAGAUCCAUGCUUUGAAUUUGCAAUCAAGACUCUCACAGGUCCAUUGCCAGUAGAUGGUUUCGAGGAAAUUUUGCCGGUCAUGACUCCUGAUCUCAAUUGCCCACCAAAUACAGGAUUGCUUGAGAGUGUGGUAGAGAAAUGCAUUAAUGAAGAAGUUCAUGAUAACAUGAAUCAAUCACAGAAUAAUGAAGAUAGUAAUAAAGUUUGCCAGCUUUCAAAACAACACCUGGAUCAACCUGAGUCAUUUAUUGGCUUCACAUCCUGUGAAAAUGCUCCUAAAUUCACUACUGUAGAAUCUCAUGGUGAUGAUGCCAAGAUAACCAGGGAUUUGAACCAAUCACAGAAUAGUGAGGAUAUUAGUAAGGUUUGCCAGCUUUCAAAACUCCCAGAUCAACCUGGGUCGUUUUUCUACUCCACAUACUGUGAAAAUGCUCAUAAGUUUGCUACUGUAGAAUCUCAUGGUGAUGAUGCCAAGAUAACAAAGGAUUUGAACCAAUUACAGGAUAGUGAAGAUAUUAAUAAGAUUUGCCAGUUUUCAAAACAACUCUUGAGUCAACCUGAGUCGUUUAUCAGCUCCACAUGCUGUGAAAAUGCUCCCAAAUUUGUUACUGCAGAAUCUCAUGGUGAUGAAGCCAAGAUAACCAGGGAUUUGAACCAAUCACAGAAUAGUGAAGAUAUUAACAAGGUUUGCCAGCUUUCAAAACAACUGGAUCAACCUGAGUCUUUCAUCAGCUCCACAUGCUGUGAAAAUGCUCCUAAAUUUGGUACUAUAGAAUCUCAUGGUUAUGAUGGCGAGAUAGUUAGGGAUUUGAAGCAAUCACAAAAUCGUGUAGAUAUUGAUGAGAUUUGCCAGCCUUCAGAACAACUCCUGGGUCAACCUGACUGGUUGAUCAACUCUACAUCUUGUGAAAUAAUUUGCCAGCCUUCGAAGGACCUUCUUGCGCAUCCUGAGUUGAGAACCAGUUCUGCAUCUUGUGAAAAUGAUACUAAAUUUAUUGCGAGAGAGUGCUAUGGUUAUGAAGCCAAAAUAACUAAUAAUUUGGAUCAAAGAGCAUCCCUGAAUAUUGGAGCUGGGAAUGAAUUUCAUCUUGGGCAUCAAUCUAGAAAUAUAGGUACAUCAAAAGUUCUAGAGUCAUCUAACAAUAUAGGCAAGGUUCUUGGACAAGAAUUUGCUCCAGCAAAGCAACCACAAUUUGAAACUCGAAUUGAAAACGAGGAUAAGUCUGAAUUGCAGUUUUCUGCUUCACUUAUGGAUUCGUGGUCCGAUCCUUGUCUAGAAUUUGCAUUUAAGACUCUUACAGGUGCACCACCUGAAGAGGAAGAUUUAUCAUUUCAGGGAUGUUUCCAGGACCCUGCCAACAACUUUAAUAGCCAGAAAGAUGCUAGACCAAUGUUGCCUGAUUUUGGAUCUCCCAGCUUACCUAGGGCUGAUAUUUCGUUUCACUACAAUGUGAAGUCCAUGCCAGGACAGCAGAUAUCAACGAACUCCUCCUCAAUUCUACCCGCUGAAAGAGUGAGCCCGCACUGGUUUCCUGUGUUAGAUUCUCAAAAGCACUGUUCUCACUCAAGUAAGAAUUCUCAAGGCGGUUAAAAGUCCGAAAUAAUUGCUGCCUAGUCCUAGGAUAACUGUUAAUCGCUGACUGUACUUUAGGCAAUAAGGUCAUUAUCAAUAUCUGUUGUCUUGUAUUUCUCGUGUCAUGUAUUCCUUCUUGAAGCGAGGCCUACAUAAACCCCUUUUUUUUUUUUUUAAAUUUUUCUGAUGAAAAUACCUAGGAUCAAGUAGGUAGGGAUACACGGGACAUCCACAGCUUAUGAUUUAUUCUGGUGUCAUAUAUGACUUGAUCGUGUUAAUUCUUGCCAUCACCAAAGGUUAGCCAUGUAAUGUUAGACCUUGACUCAAUGUUUUGUCUGUAACUACUGGAUGCGUUGAAUAGUUCAGUAUUUAUAGAGGAUGAAGUCAUGUUUUGGCCCUCCUCAAGCAUACCAGUUUACUCGUGGGCAUGGCAUUCUAAGCAACGCAAAUCACUUGAAUGAUUCCAUGAAUGGCAGAUGGAUCCCAAGUGGUAUCACUGGAAUUCUUAAUUUUAAUGUAUCCUUUAUACCAGACCUUGAUUACAAAUAUACGCCUCAGUGGGACGAAGCCGGCAGAGAAAUACCAAGACCGCAUCCAUUGAAUGCUGAAAAAUCUGCAGAUUAACCAUUUUGUUCACAUAACUGUUGGGAAAGAUCUCAAGCCAAGAAAGUUGUCCGCAUGGUUGCUGCCUUGUGGAAAAAUAAACCAACAGAAAAUAGCUUUGUGGGCCCCAACUUUGUACAUGCGGGUCUCACAGUUGAAUCCUCUUUUGUAUGUUUCCAUCAUGAAGUAUUUCAUUGGCAAUAUUUUACAAGUUGGACUGAAUGUUUAACCAAA